ACCCAUUCAUUCUAACUAUUUGUUCCUCACAUUCUUCAAUUUCCAUAGAAUUUAACGUUCACGUUUUUCGAUUCAUAUGUCUUUCACUACUGUCACUCUUUAAUUUUGCGUAUAUUUAUAUAUUAUAGCAAACUUUUGCGAAUUCCCUUUGCUUCUGGGAGUGAGAAACAAUGUGUAAAGUUCAUUUUUUUUUUGUUGGGUCAGAUAUGCCAGCGAUGAAAUUUGAUGCUAUUGAACCCAAUUUGAAGAGAGCAAGAAAUACUAAUGGUAGUGUUAGUGAGAGGGAAGGGGAUGAAGAUAGGCUCAGUGACUUACCGGAUUGUGUUCUGAUUCACUUGUUGGAAUUCCUAACAACCAAAGAUGCUGUUAUGACUACUCUCUUGUCCACAAGAUGGAAGGAUCUAUGGAAACGAGUUCCUUCUCUUAGAUUACGUAGAACAGACCCUGAAUUUCGACAUAUGACAUUGUUCAAGAAAUUUGUUAAUAAGGUUCUAUCUUUUCGUGAUGGCUCUGUUCCACUCCACAGCCUAGAUUUCUGUUAUGAUGGUCUUAUCCCGCCUAAGCUUCUGAUAAGGGUUGUGAAAUAUGCUGAAUCACAUAGGAUUGAGCAAUUGAGACUCAAUAUUGAUUCUGGUGGUAUAGAGUUGCCACCUUGCUUGUUUUCGAUUCAAACUAUAACGUGGCUUGAUCUUUCAGUUCCUAAUGGAGAGGCCCUCGGAUUGCUUCCAAAGUUUCUAAAUAUGACAGCUUUAAUGAGUUUGCGUCUUAGGAGAUUUGCCUUUAGUGCUGGUGACGGGGAAGUGGUGGAUCCCUUUUCGGGUUGUAUCAAGUUGAAGACUUUGGUCAUUGAGCAUUAUGUUGUAAAGGUUCCACAUAUCCUCUGCAUUUCAAAUGUUACACUUGCCAAUUUGACCAUUCAUUCUUUCCCUUUUCAUAGCAAAGAAGCUUAUGAAAUUGUGCUAUCAACUCCAAGUCUUUGUUCUUUUGCUUAUCGGGGUGUUAUCUCUCAGAAAAUCUCUUCAAAAAGCAAUCUUCCUUUUCUUGAAGAAGUAAAUAUCGAUGUUCCCAAAUCGGUAUUAUCGAGUCGCUUGCACUCACCUUUCAUCCUAAUUAGCUGGCUGCAAUUGCUUGCUAAUGUAAGAUCAUUGACUGUCAGUUCAUGUACUCUUGAGAUUCUCUCCAAAAUCCCAGAUUUGGUGAACACUGAAAGCCCAUGCUUGGAUAACUUGAAAUCAUUGAUAGUGAAAGUGCAGAAGUUUCGCAGGCCGGAAAAGCUACAUAAAGCAGAACUGCAACUGUCAUCUCCACGAAUUGAUGGAGCAGUGGAUUUCUUAAUUCGAAACUCCCUCUUUCCAGAGGUUACUAUAGUAGAUUACUGAAGCCAUUGGCGUUUAUUGUGUGAAACUUACAUGCCAUUUUUGAGGAUCUAAUGGCUGUGAAAUUUCAAUUUGAUUGGGCAAUGUUUUAUUGGAUACGAUUAGACAUUUGUCCUCUAGAUGUGGCAAUAAUUAGUUAUGUUGCUGGAAGAGUGUUGCUGAAAAUUUUACCAUGCUGUCAAUGCAUCAAGACUUGGUUGGGCUCUAAAAGUUGGAGUGGUGCACUUGUGGCAGGUACCAGACAGAGAUGGUGCUAGUGAUGUGUUCAUCAUCAAAGGAAAAAGGCUUUUUUCAUAGUGUGAGGAAGUUGGAAUCUGAGUCUGACUUUAGGUUCAAAGGGGCUUUUUCCAUUGUGAUUUGCUGUCAUGAGAAACCGAAUGGCAAUAAUCAAUUUUGAUAUUUUAUGUUUGGAA